AUGAACUCACUUCCUACAGACACAAUUUUAUACUUAAUGGAUUUUAUGAUCAUUCCAUCGGGUGAAUAUAAAAACAUAUUUUCAUUAAAUCGACAUUGGAAAGAAGCAACGGAGGAAAAUCCUGAAUUUUGGUUAAGACAAUUAGCAGGCUUGUUUUUUAUGAUUUGUAAAGAAAAGGAAAAUAUUGGAGGUGAUUCUAAUACGGAAUUGCCAUCACCAACAUCAUCUUCAUCCUCAACUUUGGAUCAAUCAAAGUCAAUUACUACUGGUCAUCAAUUGUUUUCUAUUCAAGGCUUGAAUUAUUUUCAAUUUUAUUGUAAAUUCUUUUGUAAUAGGAAAGGAAUGCACCAUUUAAUGAAACAUCAACCAGUUUUAAAGAAGAUUUUUAAAAAAGUUGCUGAUUUUCUUGUAAUUAUUGAAAUGAGAGAACAUAAUGAAAAAAUUGAAGAUUUUAGUUUAAUUAGAAAAACAUUUCUAAAUUUAAAUUCGAAUAUUAAGGGAUAUGUAAAGACUAAAUUUGAAAAGGAAAAAUUAUCAAUGUUGACACAUUCAAAAGUAUUUGAUUAUUAUCAACAAUAUCAAUUCUUUUUUAAGGAUGAAUAUGAAAUUAAUCAAGAUUUAAUUAAUUCAAAAACUGAUACAAGUUAUGACGUAUAUUGGACCUAUUUACUUUCAUACACUAAAAGUAUUGAACAACAGAAAGGAUUGGAUCUAUUACAAUUGUUUCUAGAUAAUAAUAUUUAUUCUAAACAAUAUUUUAUUAGAAAGGUAGCAACUUUGAUAUUAUUAUUGACACUUUCAGAAAUAGAAGAUGAAUCAUACCGAGAAAAAGUAUUUGAAUUAUUAUUGAAAAUAUUGAAGAAAUAUUUUCAAACUUCAAUUGCUUCGAAUUUUACUGCCAAGUAUGAAAAGGGAAGCGAAUUAUUUUCAUUCAUGUUGUUUGAUCCGUAUGAAACGGCUAGAAUUAAAUUGAAAUAUAUUGAGAGAGUGAAACAAGAAAUUGCUCCAAGUAUUGUUUCAAAAGGUUUUGACAAACAGGCAAAAGACCUCAAAAUAAUCUAUACUCAAACUGAACUAAUUGAUCUAGUAGGAAGUACAGAUUUUUAUCAAUUAAUUGGAUACAUUUUACAAAAUUUCCAUUGUGAUCCUGUUAUGCUUGAUAAAAUACUAUCACGUGCCAUUAAUAGAAUAACCAUUUUAGAAUUUUACAAACAAUCAAAAAUAACGUACAGCAAAGUUUGCAAUUUGAAGUUUUUUAUUUCCAAUGAUGAUUUUCAGUUUGAAUUUGAGGAGGUACUUCCUAUUAUACUUAAACAUUACGAAACUGAUGGAAAGGAUAUGAGGCAAUUAAUCAAAGAUUUCCAAAAAUCAACUGAACCAUUUAAUGAAAUUUUACGAUUAGGAAAUAAUUUAGAAAUGUUGAGAAUUAGGUUACGAUACUUUUUCAAACUCUAUUCUCAAUUUUUUACAAAGGAUCAAAUCAAGAUGUUCCUUAAACAUGCCUAUUUCCACUCUGGAAUGAUUGGACAAAGUCAUAACAUUGAGGUUACUAAAAUCUUUUUCGAAGAUUAUCAAUUGACUCCAUCAGAUUGUUCAAUGGUUGUAACCUCGAUAAAUCCGUCAAUAUUCAAAUGGACUGAAGAUAUUCAGAAUGCAGUCCAUAAUUUUCCAUCCAAAUUUACGCCACAUAAGAAACCUAAAGAAUUUAAAAUGCACCCAAUUGUGAAUCACAUUCUUACUAGAAGGGAUAGAGAUCAUAUUGGUAAUUUAGAUGGAUUUGUGGAAAUUUGUGGAGAUGAUAGAGUUGUAAUUCCUCUCCUUCUCGAUCAUAAUGGAGCUUCUCGUGAUGUCAAGCAACAUAUUUAUGUAGAUUAUAUGGAGCAAAAGAAAAAGGAACAAGCCUACAGAUACGUAAUCAAAUACAUCACCUUAAAGGAAUUGAUUAAGAGCCCAAAUAUGAAAAUACUGUACUAA